AUGAACCAUAAGGUCCCGAUACGAGUUGACAGUAGAUUCAGACUCGGAGAUGUUUUGGGAUCUGGUUCAUACACUGUUGUGUACCACGCUUGGAACAUCAUCAAAGAUGAUGCAGUUGCCAUCAAACUCGAAUCCAUCACAGCCCAGCCAUCUUCUGUACAGCGUGAAUACACCAUUCUGAAACGACUUGAAGGUGGAGUUGGGAUACCCCACGCUCUCUGGUUCAGUCGAGAAUCAACAUAUCAUGCUUUGGUUCUCGGCCUCCUUGGGCCAUCACUGCAUGAUCUUUUCCUCGCACAUGAUCGAAAAUUUAGCCUUCAUACUGUUGUCAAUCUAGGAAUCCAACUGCUCUCAUGUCUUGAGUACAUCCACUCGAACAAUUAUGUUCACUGCGAUAUCAAACUGCAGAAUGUCUUGGUGGGCCUUGGCCAUUUGAAGCACACUGCAUUUAUAAUUGAUUUCGGUAUCGCGAAGGAAUACUGGGACACUGCAACCAGAGUCCAUAUUCCCUUUCAUCAAAAUCAACGUCUCACUGGCACUCCUGCCUUCGCUUCAAUCAACAACCACUUAGGAGUUGACCCGGGUUGUCGUGACGACCUUGAAUCGCUUACAUACAUGUUGAUCUAUCUGUUACGCGGCUCCCUUCCAUGGUUAAAUAGUGACCACAAGAAACUCUCCAGCUCUUCCAUACUCGAGCGCAAGGUCAACACCACCAUUGAAGUCUUAUGCAAUGGAAUUCCCGUUGAAUUCGCAAGUGUUCUCAUCUACACGCGCUCUCUUGCGUUCUUGGAAGACCCUGACUAUGGGCAUCUUCGUUCAUUGCUUUGUGGUUUCAAACUGUUCAAUGCGGUCAAAUACAUGUUGACAAAUUUGCGUCUUGAACGUUUGAACCCUAGGCCUGAUUCCCGAAUCCCGACUCCUGACUCCCGAGGGCCAACUCCACGCUGA